CCCAUCUGUGUCAGUGUUUAUUAACGACUGUAACUAUUGAGUGAAAAAUUUGUGUCUAGCCUGAAAGAGUGAAGCUGUUUGCCUCUUGAAGCUCUUGAAAGUGGCGCCGCAGUGGCAAUUGAAACAAGCCAGGGCGCGCUGAGUGAGUGGGAAGGUAGUCAGUGUGAGUGUACAGGUGCGGGCAGUGUGACAACGCAAUGAAGUGUGCAAGUGACUCCGUGUUUCUGACAUUUCAGAUUGUUGUUUUCAUCACGUUCUACCUCGCAACAGAGGCCAUGUUGCAGUUCACGGUGGAGUUGCGAGCGCCACGAUACGUGACGCUAGGUGGCUCUGCUCUCCUGCAGUGUGAGUACAGUGUAGGUCUGGAGCAACUUCACCGUGUGGAAUGGCUGAGGAACGACAAGAAACUAUUCCAGUUCGUGAAGGGACGCACUCCGCCAUUUAGGAACUUCACCACACCCGGAGCAGAACUAGACUGGAACGGCAGCAACGAGAGUCAGAUUCUACUCCGGAACAUGGACUUCGAAGGGUCCGGCUCCUACGCUUGUGUGGUAUCGACACAGACACCCAUCUACACGAAGCCGUCCAACGAACAUGAGUUGACUGUCAUACAGACGCAGCGAGACCCGCCACAAGUACUGACAUCAAAGCCGGUCUAUCAGGUGGGAGAGACGUUAGAGGCGAACUGUACAACCAGCCCAUCGCGGCCCAUAGCCCACAUCACUUGGCUGGUGAACGGCAAAUCUGUGAGUAGAGCGCAUUCAUACCGGUGUUUUCAGGACAACGUGGCACACCACGGUAACAAGUUUCACCUCAAAGACUUGCCCUGCAGCUCAGUGGAUUAA